UCUCAGCUCGGCCGUGGGUCCCCGCCAAAACAGAACCACCAUAACUGAUUUUCAAAAAAGCGUAGCUCCAAGGAAACUACGCCCUCUCUUUCACUCUCUUUCUCUCUCUUUCUCAAGGUCGGUUGCUGAAACACUCUCAAAUUGCAGGGAGCCCCACUUUCGUGUGACCCAAACUGAAUGGCUCGGAGCUGGGAUGACCAAGAAGGCGACUGUAACAGUGGCAAAACCUUCACCGCCUUUGAACGCUCUUUCGAGAUUUUUAUCGAACACCUUGUCGGCAAAACCUUUCUACCUUCUUAUAUACCGCUCCCCAAGCUCUCAAUCCCCAUUUUUCACCUGCCACACCCACCUCUCUCUCUCUCUCUCACCCAGAAGUCGGUUUGCUGCCAUUUAUAAAUAGUAUUAAUUUCGUUAUAUGAACCCAAAAGACGAGAGCUACCCAAAGUCUCCACCUACUUCAGCUGAAUUGGACCCGGAGAAUAUUGGGUUCUCACCGCUUCGACCCGAAAUGUCAGAACCGUUGUUGGGUUCUCAGCCAAUUCCUUCGUUUACUUCUCCUCUGAUGGAAUUUGAAGCCUUUUGUGCUCUAAACCCAUCGGAGUCUUCUUGGUCCUCUGGUGCUUUCGAGUUUGAUGAGAAAGCUCCGACUGCAACGUCGUCGUUUAUGGACGCUGGUGGCGUGGAGCACGUGGCCGUCCCGCAGCCUCUUGAAUGUCUACAGGACAGUCCGGUUCCACCGUUUCUGUCCAAGACUUUCGAUCUGGUCGACGACCCGUCGCUUGAUUCGAUCAUAUCGUGGGGCUCCGGCGGCAACAGCUUCGUGGUGUGGGACCCAUUGGAGUUUUCCAGGCUCAUCUUGCCGAGGAAUUUCAAGCACAACAACUUCUCAAGUUUUGUCCGGCAACUUAAUACUUAUGGGUUUCGCAAGGUUGAUACAGAUAAGUGGGAGUUUGCGAAUGAAGCUUUCAAAAGGGGCAAAAGACAGUUGUUGAAGAAGAUCCAGAGGCGCAAGUCACCUCAAUCACUGCAGGUUGGGCCUUCUGCCGAAGCAGGGAGGCCCGGACUGGAAGGUGACAUUGAGACUUUGAGGAAAGAGAGAAGUAUGUUAAUGCAGGAAGUUGGUGAUUUGCAGCAGCGACAGCAGGGUACAGUUCACCAUAUGAAAGUAGUUAACGAGAGGCUUCAGUCUGCAGAGCAGAGACAGAAGCAGAUGGUUUCUUUCUUGUCCAAGUUGCUUCAAAACCCAGCAUUCUUAGCCCGCCUUCAACAGAAGACAGGACAGAAAGGUAUAGACUCUCCAAGGAUGAAGAGGAAAUUUGUUAAGCAGCAUCAGCAUGAACUAGGUAAAUCAGAUUCUUGUAUGCAAGGGCAGAUUGUGAAGUACCAACCUGCUUGGAGAAAUCACUCCGCAGUCCCAGAUGUGAAUCCAGUAGUUCCUAUUGAACAAUCUCCUGAUAAUCUUUCACAAGUUAUGGCAGGAAAACUGGGUUUGGUUGCAGAAAGCAAGCCAUAUCAAUUUGCGGAUGUAGCAUCAGAUGAGUUAAAUUUAUCAGCUGAAACAGCAGUAACGCGAGGGUUUAUCAAAACACCAGAGCAAGAAGGUGAAGGGGCGUCAAGCAUGGGAGCUGAAGAUCCAUUUCAAAAAGGGAAGAGUGUUCUGAGGCCGCAACAGGAGGUUAAUCCCGAGUAUUAUGUCUCUUUCCAGGAGGAUUUUGGGAAGAAUAAGAUGUUUCCGGAACUUUUCUCUCCAGGGAUCGAUAGCAUGAUUAAACAAGAAGAUAUAUGGAGCCUGGGUUUUGAUGUCAGUGCUGGGAUGUCAAGUUCUAGCAAUGAGUUAUGGAGUAACCCGAUCAACUAUGAUGUGCCAGAGAUGGGAGUGACAAGCGAAUUGUUAGAUAUCUGGGAUAUAGGUCCCCUGCAUGCAGCAGGAGGGUCAGGCAUUGAUAAGUGGCCAGCUGAUGAAUCUUCAUUUGAUGAGCCUGAUGGUCAAGCUGCCCAGCCGAAAGACGACAACAUCUAAACGUAUUGAUCCAUAGGGGCUGCAUUUGCUUCUCCAUUUGCUGCCCUUGCGGAUCUUAGUCAUUUUUAGUGCAGGGGUCUAUUAUUUGGACGAUAUAUUAAUGAAUAUAUUCAUUUGAUAUGAAAGUUCCAUCCUUUCUUUAUUA